AUCUCCUUCAUUCGCAUUUGCACCCGGAUAAGGCGCCUUCUCCCCCCCUUUCACCCCCCAGCUCGCUCUCUCUCACAUUUAUUCUCUCCCACUCCCCUUCGCCACGCCCGCUCUCAGCUCGCAACGGGAAUUCGCCUCGCUCGCAACCGUCGUCCAGAAUUGUUGGAUGUGGCGAGGGCGAUGAGUGUGGCUUUGUAGCUUCGACACUGCGUCGUCUGCGCAGUCUGUGAAGAUCUUGACUUGUAAAAGUCUGAUAGCCGCUUUCCUUUUGUGUAGAUCAUCAUGGCGACUGCCGAGGUUACCAAUGUGACCGAGUAUGAAGAACUCGCAAGGCAGAAGCUCCCGAAGAUGGUGUUCGACUACUACGCUUCAGGUGCUGAGGACCAGUGGACCUUGAGAGAGAAUCGCAACGCUUUCGAGCGUAUCAGAUUCCGGCCCCGCAUCCUCAUCGACGUUACGAAGGUGGAUCUGACCACCAACGUAUUGGGCUUCAACAUCUCCAUGCCCAUCAUGGUCGCUCCCACCGCCAUGCAGAGGAUGGCGCACCCGGACGGUGAAUUGGCCACCGCCAGGGCUGUUUCAAAAGCUGGGACGAUCAUGACGCUGUCGUCGUGGGCGACCAGCAGCGUGGAGGAGGUCGCGUCCGUAGGACCUGGCAUCCGCUUCUUCCAGCUCUACGUGUACAAGGAUAGGAACGUAGUCGCCCAGCUCGUACGCCGCGCUGAGAGAGCCGGCUUCAAGGCCAUCGCCCUUACCGUCGACACCCCUCGCCUUGGACGCAGAGAGUCAGACAUCAAGAACAGAUUCGCUCUGCCAAGUCACCUCACUCUCGCCAACUUCGAGGGUCUGGAUCUCGGAAAGAUGGAUAAGACUCAGGACUCUGGAUUGGCUUCUUACGUCGCCGGCCAAAUCGACAGGUCUCUGAGCUGGAAGGAUGUGAAAUGGCUGCAGACCAUCACCAAGCUCCCAAUCCUCGUCAAGGGAGUCAUCACUGCUGAAGAUACCCAGCUCGCCAUUCAAAGCGGAGCCGCAGGUAUUAUAGUAUCAAACCACGGCGCCCGACAGCUGGACUAUGUCUCAGCAACCAUCUCAGCUCUCGAGGAGGUUGUGCUAGCCGCACGCGGCAGGGUACCAGUCUUCCUGGAUGGAGGAGUCCGACGUGGAACCGACGUUCUCAAAGCCCUGGCUCUCGGAGCAUCUGGUGUCUUUGUUGGAAGACCCGUAGUGUUCGGCUUGGCAACGGACGGCCAGAAGGGGGUGGAGAAAGUGUUGCAGAUGCUGAGGGACGAGUUUGAGCUGGCGAUGGCGUUGGCCGGAUGCACGAAAGUGUCUGACAUCAAACGCUCCCACAUUCAAACCGAAGCGGAGCGACUGUACUCCAAGCUGUAAAAGCCUAGAACACGCACCUCGAGCCCAUUUCAACACCGAUGCGGCAUGGCCUCAAUCCUUGUACAAUAGUUCCUACUGUUGGUAAAAUUGGGUCGUGAUUGCUUAGAGUGAUUCUUCUUCGAGGCUUGCAGUGUCUAAAUCCACUCACUUCACAGCGACUCGUCGUUUGCGUUGGGCUGGCUGGCCGAGGACGAUGCUCAUGGCCCAUGGCUUCUGGCAACUCUGAUUUCCAAUGUGCCGAAACUCUCUUAUUGAUCUAGUAUUUGUAGUGCUUGGUGAUUUUUGUGAAUUUGCUACUAAAUACUGUGAACGUACAUAUUGAUUUAUUUAUUUUUAAAUGUUUAAACAUCUUUGAUAACUGUUUUGAGAAAAGUUA